GCCCGCUCCGGGAGGAAAAGCUGCCGGGGCUGCCGGGCGGAGCCGCGUCCCUCCCCGGGAACGCUCAGGCUGCCGGGCUCCGCUGCCGGGUCGCUGCUCAUGUCCCGGGUGUUGUUUUCCUCCGUGCUCCCUGCGUGGAGAGCCGAGAGUUGUGUUUGCUGUAGCCAGAGGAGAGACUUUGGUGCUUUAAAGGAGGGCUUCCGAAGUGGCUCUGGGUUCUCGCUCAGGUCUGUAGGUGACAUGCGGACACUUCACUUUCAGCCAUGCCUGCCCCGGGAGCUUUCUGUCUGCAGUCAUUUUCUCCCUUUUGAUCUUGCUGGCUUCUCUCUCGGGCUGUGGAGCUCCACUCGCACCUACCUGCCUGCUGCAUGCGUGCCAGAGAGACUGCUUUCUCUCUCGUAAAAGGUUUUCUUAUUAGAAAUACAAAAUCAUUUUUAAUUGUUAUAUAUAUACAAGUAUAUAUAUAUAAGGCCAAGACCAAACAUCAACAGACCCACACAGUUUUCCAAAGCUACUGGAAAUAACUUUUGCCUAGGAUUUACAGCAGCCUUUCCACCCACCCCGGCCCCUGCGAGCUCCAGCAGGCUCUGCCAAACAGGCUCCUCGAUACUUUUCCUGUGACCUUUGGGCAGACCAUGGAACUUUAUAUUUGAGUUUGUGGGGCCUUUAUUCGGGAUCUUCUUAAUGUGUGCUUGGAAGUGGUCAUACCGGAACUUGGGCGCGCACAAAAAUAGUGCGAGAGAAACCAGAUACGCUGUAACUUUUUGCUCGAUACCUGCUUGGCUCGGUAUUGAAACUUUUGAAGUGUUUUGGGGCCCUUUUAUUUCCCGGGAACUUGAAACAAUGAAGAGAAGCUCCAUGCUUUAUUAAUUAUCCUGGAGAACUGCACCCAGCGUCAGACUCUGAAUGUGGAUUGCUCGGAGAAAAGUAAAGUUUGAUCUGCAAACCUGAAUGAAGCAAUUCUGGCACGCAGAGAAUGGAAGGGAUCAGCUCAGUGUGGAAGAGAACGGUGCAGAAGCAAACUUUCUUUUCACCAUAAAUUCAAGAAGUACCUGCUGCAUAGUUUCUGAGAGGGCUCCUGGUAACUGCAGGUAACAUUCAGGGGGAAGUGCCUGAACUUAUAUUGUGGGAAAUGCUGGCAAGAAGGUGAGAUGUCUCUCAAGACUAUAUGAGAUGGAUGUUUUGAACCUGUGGAUCUUCCUAAGUCUGGGGCAAUAGACAUGAGGACACCACAUCCAUGGAGGGAUCUCCCCAUGCCUCAUCUCUGUGGGACUGAAGAGUUACUCAUGCUCCCAGGUGUUCCUGUAUAUCUGAACUGAUUUCUUGCUUGCAACCUGUUUCACUGAUCUUUCCGGAUUCAUCUGCUGGAGGAGGGACUCGUAACUGAGGAUAUUUUUUUUUUUUUACUUUGUUUGUUUUAAAUAUGCCUUUGAGCUCCCAGUGGCCUUUGAGCACGUGGCAGCAAGGAAGAGAAGUGGUGAUGGUGAGACACGAAGCAGUUUCCCGGUGAGCAGCGCUGGCGGUGCCCGAGCCCCUCUCCCCUCGCUGGGAAACGCGACGAGCUUUGCUGAGGGCUGGAGCCCGCUGCAGGGUGAGGACGCGUUCCCGAGCGGUAUGUGUGGCCCGAGCCCGCUGCUGCAGCUGGUAGCAUGAGUGCUGGCCCCCCGCUGCAGCUGGCUGUCCUCUGGCCCUGGCUGCUCAUGGCGACCCUGCAGGCAGGGCUUGGCCAGACCGGGCUGGCGCUGGCGGCGGCCGUCGAGUCGGAGAGGGCUGCGGCACAGAAAGCCAUCAUCAGGGUGAUCCCCCUGAAAGUGGAGCCCAUCAUACUGGAAGGGGAGUUUGCUAACAUCGCUGAGGUGACUCCUGCUGAAGGAAAACUGCUCCAGUCACACCCACUGUCCCUGUGCAACACCAGUGAGGAUGAACACACCGAGUCUGGAUUCAUCACCAUUGUCAAGCUGGAGCAGCCAGAUCGGGAUCCCAACCCCUGCCUGUCACUGGCUAACAAGGCAAAGCUGGCAGGGGAGCGUGGAGCCCGGGCAAUCCUUUUUGACAUCACUGAUGAUGAAAGUGCUGCUGAUCAGUUGAGAAAGCCUCGAGGUCUGAGUCAGCCUGUGGUUCUGAUCAGGGGCCACGAUGCUGAGCUUCUCAUGGGUGUCGUGAACAAGAACAGAGAGGCCCAUGUGAAGAUAGAGGUCAAGGAGCCACCAGCUUGGCCAGACUACGAUGUGUGGAUUCUUCUCACGGUGGUCAGCACUGUGGUCGUCAUCAUUUUGAUUUUUGUUGUCCGCACAAAGUGCCAGCUGAACAGGACUCAGGACUCCCUGCAGCAGCAGACCAUGCAGGCCAUCGGGCGGCUGGCCACGCGCAGGUACCAGGCCAGGUGCCGGCAGGCGUCGCGCUGGGACUCGGGCAGCAGCUGCAGCUCAGCCCCAGUCUGUGCCAUCUGCCUGGAGGAGUUCAGCGAGGGCCAGGAACUGCGGAUCAUCUCAUGCUCCCAUGAGUUUCACCAGGAGUGUGUUGACCCCUGGCUACAGCAGCACCACACGUGUCCACUUUGCAUGUUCAAUAUUCUACCCAGAGCCAGAGAUUCAGUGGACCAGGCCACGGCUGCUGGCUCCAGGCUGGCCCCUCAGGACAUGGAGCCAGGACGGCGACUCCACCUUUUCCGCCAGCACCCAGGACAUGCCCUUUACCACCUCCCACAUGCGUAUCCUCAGAGGAACCUCAGGAGCUUUCCCCCGGAGCCAGCUCAUGGCAAUCCCUUCUUCCACUCCCCGGAGCUUUCCCAGCUGGAUUUUGGCACCAUCCACUACAUGCCCUAUAGGCCAGCCCCCUCCCUGCUCACCUGUGGCCACCCAUCCCCGCUGGCCCUGGGCUUGCUGGGCCAGCAGCACCCCAGCCCCUCAGCCUGUGGCCAGAUGCUGCCACCCCAGAGGACUUGUUCUCUCCAGCCCCAGCCUCCCUGCCUGGGGCUCAAGGCAGCCCAGGUGCAGAAGCAGCACCGGGGCCCUACGCUGCGCCGGGGGCUCAGCCAUGGGCACCAGCACAACAGCAGUGGCUCUGGGGAGAGUUAUCUCACAGAGCACAGCGGGUACCUGGCAGACGGGCCGGGCAGUGACUCCAGCUCAGGGCCCUGCCAUGGUUCCUCCAGUGACUCCAUGUUGAACUGCACAGACGUCAGUCUGCAGGGCAUCCACGGCAGCUGCUCCACAUUCCGCAGCUCCCUCAGCAGUGACUAUGAUCCCUUUGUCUACUGCAGCUCAGAGGGACCUGCCAUGGACAAUGGCCAGGAGCAGCCGUGGCUCCCAAGGGUGAUGCGGCCCAGGUCCUUGGACCUGAUGGUGCCUGGGGGUGCUGCUCCGGCCAAGCCCCAGGUGCUCAGCCACGUCCACUACCACCACCACCAGCACCAUCACUACAGAAGAGACCCAGAGUGUCCACCCAGGCAGGCUGGGCAGGGGCCUGGGCAGCAUAAAUCCCGGUACUCUGGGGCCAAAGUUGGCUUCCAUGGUUCUCGGACACAAAAGAGGACUGAGAAGAGCCAUCAUUGUCAGCAGCCUCUGGAAAGCAGUGCUGUGCUACAGGAGGCAGCAGCAGCCAGACACCUCGCCUGUUCCCAGCAAGGCCGGGAGCCCCCUCCUGCCGCCUCCACUUCUCCAAAUUGGUUGGACUUCAGUGUAGAUGCCAACAGACAAUCUGGAGCAGCUGGCACAUCCCCUGUCCUGCUGCCCUCAAGACACAGCUUACAGAGCCGUCAUCACCGAAGGAAAAAAAAGUGUCCCCUAGAGCCUGACCCCGCUCUCCUGCCUGAGGACUCAUCCUUGCCCAAAGCCUGUGGUGCUCAUGUUCCUCAUGGCCACACUGCUGGCUACCGCUGCUCUCCCGAAGUCCAGCCCCUGAUCCCAAGUGCUCCUCUCUCCUGUGACUCUGGCUCCCGGCCACUCUGGAAGUGUUUAGUGCCACAGUCUGGCCCCGAGCUGAAAAAGCAGGAGGGGGUGUCAGGACGGGAGGGAAACCGCCCGGUUCCUGCCGAUUUCUCAGGGACAGGCAGCCCCAGACACAGGCUGAGUCUUCACCUUCAGUGCCCAUCUCAGCAGGGCAGUCAGGGAUCUGAAGAGGAGGUCCAGGAUGUCCAUGAACACUCAGUUUGAUAAAACACUGGCCUGUUUGCUUACUGGAGAGCUGGAGUAAACAAAGAUGUUCAGUGCACCAACUAGAGGACCUCCCAUCUUGCUCUCUGCACCAGCAACGCAAAAUAACCAGCCCUGACCUGCAUGGCCCACACCAAGAUGCAGACUGCAGAUAAACAACGUCACACUUGUGGUGUCCUCACGUGUUCCCACGUUGCGAUGGUCACAGAAACACAGAGCUGUGUUCUCCAGGUCCCCUUCUUCUCUGAAAGCACAGGCAGCCCAUCUUCAGCCCAUGGCAUCUGGCUGGUUGGGCUGGCUUGUACAGAGAGACUGGUCUUGGGAUUCACCAGCUGGAGAGCUCGCUGCGUGAGUGCAAGCUGCUAUUUUGAUGUUCAUGCCACAGGUUUUUGCUAAACACUUGAAAAAUAAACAAGUCUUCGAGACCAAAAGCUGCAGAAAUUACUUUCUGUGGCCUGGUAGCUUCUGACUUAAUUUCCUCACCUAGGUCAAAAGCCAGACUUCUUCAUUUAAUUUUUCGACUCUUAUUUCAGACACAGGAACAAGCUGUUCUCCAUCUCACCACCCACAGGUCUGCCCUGCAAGGUGCUUCUUCUGACUUCAUUAGAAACCAACAGCUCUCACCACUUUUGAUCACUUCAUUGUCCUUCAGCUGAUGCCAUCUCUGCCGUUUGCUGCCUUUUGCCAGCAGCAGGAGAGGUGAAGACACAAGGACAAUGUCAGCAUUUCUGGGAAGGAGCUGGGUCAGACUCUUUCCAUUGCAAAGAAUCCACCCUCUCAUCUGGCAAUGUGAACAAGUCUCUAACUCCUCCACCUAGCCUCAAAAUAGGUGUGAUAGCCAGCCCUAUCACUAGCAACUCAUCUGUUGAACAUAUUUCAAACCUCAGAUGCCCCCAUCACAGGAGCCAUGGGAAAAUCCUUGAGCUCACCUGGCUCCUGCUUGUUGCUUUUCUUUCCCUCCCUGGACCUCCCAGCAAAAGCAUCCAUAGUAAAUGCAGAGCAGAGCCCCAUUUGUCAGCCAGCCGUAUCUUCAUAUUUCUGAGACACCCAAAAUGAUCCUGUAAAGGAUUUUUUCCAAAAUACCCUUCUGCCUUUUCUAACAUUUUGAUGAUGGAGAGAGAAAAUUUUAGAAAUUGCUAGGCUCUUGGUUUAUUACUUUUUUUUCCCCUCCCAUUUGUGGGUGUGUUUCGUUUGGGGUUUGUUUUGUUUUGUUUUUAGUGUCACUAGUUCUUUUUUCCUACAUCUCAUAACUUGGGGACAUUCAAGUAAAAUGAAACAUGCCAAAUUCAAAACACAGAAUGGCUUGGGUUGGAGAGGACAUUAAGAUCAUCUAGUUCCAACCCCGAAAGAGUUUUCAUGCAGCAGGGAAUUAGACUGUCAAGUUUAUUGCCCUAAAUGAUCAUUCAGGCCAAAGAAUUUGCCAGGUUGCCACGUGAAGUGCACAUUUGUGUGGCACCAGGUGUUUCCAGAGAUAAUGCUCAUGAAGCAUUGGUGAGGAUACAACACUGGAGCUGAAGGUAACUUCUGACACUUUGGAACCUGGUGUAGGGACAGCCUUCCCUGUCUGCUCAGUGCUCAGCAAGCUUUCUGUCUUCCUUUGAAGCAGCAGCUUCUUCUCCAGUUCAAGAGAGCACACUGGUUAUGUAGUCUCAGUCCAGGAUAAUCCUGCCUCUGCCUUCAUUCAUUGGUGAGGUAAAGCUUUUUAUGGGGUUUGCUGCCCUUAAUCUUUGAAAAAGGCAUCUUUGUUCCAGCUCUCAUCAGUCACUGACAUGCAAGUGAUUGCAAUAAGAGCCAGCCAAUAGCACUAUUUGAAAGAAAACAUUAUUCCCUUGCUAGUGUUCAAUUCCUGUCUCCCAUGACAGAACCACUGCAGGAUCUUUCAGGCUAAAGAACAGAUGAGUGAAUUUCUUUCAUCAAAGAACCCAGCAGAAUUCUAUUUUAACCUUUCCAGGGUCUUCUUGCUUGUCCUGCAGAGCAAGCAGAAGACACAAGCUCAGAAGUUUUCUCCCUUGCAGGGAAGUGAGUCAAGCUAGAGGAAAAAACCCAGGAACAGGUCUAGAUUCCCCCCCAUUAAACUUAUUGUGCACAUGUGCUCAUCUCAGCCAGCUUCCUACAUCCUUGACCAUCCUGGAGGGCUCAGAUGACUUUACAGAGGGGAAGGUUAUGAAGUCCAGGUGCUCCCACUUGUUUCCUUAGGAGUCAAGAAGGCUGAGAGCCUCCAGGGAUGCAUUUCGCUGCCUCAAAGGACUGUGUGUCUAGUUUGCAGUCUUAAAGUCCUCCUCUCUUUCCCUCCUUACCCUUAAAAAAAGAGGGCUCCCAAGCUUCUUUGAGAAGGUGGUCAACACUAACAAACUUGUUCCACUCCCUACUGCAGUAUUACCAGGCUGUGCAGGGCAAAGCCUGCUGUUGAGUUUUCCUUUCCUGAUGUUCUGCUGCUGCUCCUUUUCAUCUAGAAAACAGCCAUCCUAAAUGCUGGGCUCCCUCCCCAGGGCUUGCUGAGCUGAGUGAGAGUGUGCAGGUCUGCCUCGGUGGGCACUUGGUGAGAGGAGAGGGAGGAACACUCAGAUAAUGUGGUUUUUUAAGGUCCUUUUCAGUAGAUGGACUAUCAUCCUUGCCUGUCUGGAAGGGAAGAAGAAAUAGCCAAGAAAAUGGGCAAUAGCUCCUCUCAGUUCCUGCACCUCUUGCUUCCGGGUGAUGCUUUGGAACACUCAGCACCCUUGGGCUCCAUCACCAAAUUUCUUGAGCAUCACUGCAAUGAAGCAGCACUCAUUUUCCUGUGUUGUGUCCAAAGUCCCAGCUGAAAACUGAUGGAAGCCAGAGCACCCCCAGCUUCCUCUGUACGAAACCAAAGCCCCAGCUCUUCCCCAGGCACAAAGUCUUCCCAGGACCUGCAGCCCCACCAAGAUGGACACCUGGGCCAGGCUGCUGGACCUCCUCCUUCCUGCUCAGAGCCUCUGCUCUCCCGUUGAUAACGUUCAGAUCCUUUUGAAAUGUGAAUAUGAGUUUGCUCUGUUGACAUCGGUUUUUGUUUUGGUUUGUUUUCUUUUUGCUGAGUCUGUCCUGGCUCUCGUGACUUGGGAAGAAAUUAUGACACCCCCCCCCCCCCAAACAAAAGGAAGAAUACGUUUUAUAUAUAUAUGCAAAAGUGUGUAUUUAUGUCAGAUAGGAACAAAGAUGUGUGAAUAUGGUGAUGUGCUCAGAAAUAUAUUUAUUUCAUAAUAUAUUUAUCCACGUA